GCAGGCCAGCACUGAGGGGUGCCUCCCCACCCCUGGAGGCCCCAGGCUGGGGAGAUGGAAGAACAGGUGUUCAAGGGGGACCCAGAUACCCCUCAUUCCAUCUCCUUCUCGGGCAGUGGAUUCCUCUCCUUCUACCAGGCCGGGGUGGUGGACGCCUUUCGGGACCUGGCUCCCCGGAUGCUGGAAACGGCCCAUCGCUUUGCUGGGACGUCAGCAGGUGCGGUGAUUGCAGCCUUGGCCAUCUGUGGGAUUGAAAUGGAUGAGUACCUCCGAGUCCUCAGUGUGGGCGUGGCCGAGGUGAAGAAAUCCUUCCUGGGGCCCUUGUCCCCGUCCUGUAAGAUGGUGCAGACGAUGAGGCAGUUUCUGUACCGGGUCCUGCCUGAGGACUCCUACAGGGUCGCCACGGGGAAGCUCCACGUGAGCCUCACCCGGUUCACGGAUGGAAAGAGUGUUGUGGUUUCAGAAUAUACAUCCAAAGAAGAGCUCAUCGAGGCCCUGUACUGCAGCUGCUUUGUCCCUGUGUACUGCGGCCUCAUUCCUCCAACUUACCGCGGUGUGCGGUACAUCGACGGGGCCUUCUCGGGCAUGCAGCCCUGCUCCUUCUGGACGGACUCCAUCACCAUCUCCACCUUCAGUGGUCAGCAGGACAUCUGCCCGCGGGACUGCCCCGCCAUCUUCUGUGACUUCCUCAUGUUCAACUGCUCUUUCCAGUUCUCCCUGGAGAACAUCACCAGGAUGACCCAUGCCCUGUUCCCCCCAGACCUGGUGAUCCUGCACAAUUAUUACUACAGAGGGUACGAAGAUGCUGUUUCGUACUUGAGGCGGCUGAAUGCUGCUUACCUUAAUUCUCCUUCCAAGAGAGUGAUUUUCCCCUGGGUAGAAGUGUACUGCCAGAUAGAACUCGCCCUUGGCAAUGAGUGCCCUGAACACUGUCAACCAAGCCUCCAAACAGAGCGGGCCAGUCCAGAAGAAUCCAGACAACUUCACACACAAUGGGCUCCCAAAGGAGAAAGAAAAGGUGGCCGUGGUCCACCUCUGUCCCCACCUGUGCAGACACCUGAAUCCACAUCUGUGCACUUCCUCCCCAGCUCAACACCUGGGCUGUCACCCGUAUCACCAUCACAGCAGCAUCACCUGCACAGCCACCUGUGGAGGAACUGGGCCCAGAACAGCCCCAAGCAAAAAAGACAAAAGCAUUACAUAAAGCAGAUGCUAGAAGGUUUAGACCCCUAUGGGGAAUUUUCUUGA